AAUUAGACGGGGAUAUAUACUCACAGUGAUGGGGAACAUUACUCAGUGUGUGGUGUACAGCAGCUGGUGAACAGGACCAUCAGCUGCUGGGUGGCGGGAACAUUAACAGAGGGUAGUGAAGAUGAGCCACCUGGAGCCCCCCAAGGAGUUUCCAUUCCCCUUCCCUCCAUACAACAUCCAGGAGGACUUUAUGAGGAACCUGUUCAUUGUACUGGAGAAGGAAGGGCUGGGGAUAUUUGAGAGUCCAACAGGAACAGGGAAGUCGCUAAGCUUAAUAUGUGGAGCAUUGACCUGGCUUAGAGAUCACAGUGAACAUUAUAAGUCCGAGUUAACGAGGAAGGUUGAGGAGAGUGAGAACACGACUGAUGAUGACGGUCCUGACUGGUUCACAGCUGCCACUAAGAGACGUGAGGAACAGGAGGAAGUGAGGAAAUACAGGCAGACACUUUUACUACUAGAGAAACAAGAGCAGAGAGUGAAGGCUUUGAAGGAGCGGCGCCAGGUGAUCAAGAAGUCAAAGGUUCAGAAAGUUGAUGAUGAAUUUGAAGAAUUGUUCCGUGACUUACACGAAGUUCGGGAAAAUGUUCGACGAGAGUUGAGUGCUAUGAGUGGUGGAGAUGUGUUGUCGGCUGAAGAGACAUCCUUGUUAGUGGAUGACUACUGCAGUGAUGAUGAGACAGAAACAGAGAAAGGUGAUAAUGAAGAGGAUGAAGAUGAUGGAUGUUUAAAAAUUUAUUACUGCAGUCGCACACACUCACAGCUGUCACAGUUUGUCCAUGAAGUACAAAAGACAGUGUUUGGGGAAGACGUGAGAGUUGUGUCUUUAGCUUCUCGACAGAACCUGUGUGUCAACGAGGCAGUCAGCAAGCUUGGUAAUAUGUCCCUCAUUAACGACAGAUGUCUUGAUCUUCAGCGUGGCAAGAAGGGUCAAGCCACCAAGUAUGAGGACGACGGCAGCACCAGCAAGAAGAAGCGGUCGUCUGGCUGUCCAUACUACAGACAGUCUGCACUGGAAGGCCUUGCUGAUCAAUUGCUGUUGGAGGUUCAGGACAUAGAGCAGAUGGUAGCACUUGGAAGUAAGACCAAGAGCUGCCCGUACUAUGGGGCGAGGUAUGCAGUAAAGGAUUCUCAGCUGGUUGUUCUGCCAUACAACACACUCCUCCACAAGGGCACGAGAGAGGCCAGCGGCAUCAAGUUGAAGGGCAACGUUGUGAUUGUUGAUGAAGCUCACAACCUGUUAGAGACCAUUGCCAACAUCCACUCAGUGUUUGUCAGCCAUGGACAGUUACGUGGUGCUCACGCUCAGCUCAGCCAGUACAUGCAGCGCUAUGGCAAGAGGUUGUCACCAAGGAAUUUGUUGUAUAUCAAGCAAAUCCUUUUCUUCAUGAAUGCCUUGAUAAAACUGAUAGCAGGAGGUUCAAAAGCUGGUAAUGAGUUUAAUAUUGGCAGCAGCAGUGUCAGCAGCAGUCCUGGUGUCAGUGGUAAUACUUCUACUUCACAGAUGCUGACAGUAUCAAAAUUUUUAUGUGACACCCUGACUGACAACCUUAAUAUUUUCAAACUUGUGCAAUACAUUGAAAAAAGCAAAAUUGCUCAUAAGCUGCACUCCUUUAGUCAACACUUUGAGGGAUCAGUGAAGAUUCACCAGGACCAGAAGCCUCAUGUGUCAUCACCCACAGCAUCUACUUCAGCUUUCCUGGCCAAGAUGGCUGCCCAAAAAUCUGCACAAAGUAAAGCCAAAGAAAAUAUUCAGCCAGCAACACCUGAGGUUAAAAAGACUGAUGAAGUGGAGACAGAAGAGGAGGAGGUCGUGAUGGGCUCUCCCUUGAUGCAGAUAACUGAAUUUCUGCGAGCUCUGCUACACUCAACUCAGGAUGGUCGUGUUGUGGCGACUGUUGGAGCAACACCACGUAAAUCUUCAAUCAAAUAUUUACUCCUCAACCCUGCAUCACACUUCCACGACGUUGUUACACAGUGCAGGUCAGUGAUUGUUGCUGGUGGGACCAUGAGACCUGUGAGUGAGUUCCGGGACCAGCUCUUCCUCUCCGCAGGUGCCGAGGCUAGUCGAGUGCACGAGUUUUCAUGUGGUCAUGUUGUACCUGGAGAACAGAUCAUGCCUAUUGCUCUUUCUCAAGGCCCUACAAAUGUUACUUUAGACUUUACUUAUCAGCACAGAGGAGACACCAAGGUGCUGGAUGAGCUCGGACGUGUCCUGGUAAAUGUCUGUACAGUAGUGCCGGGAGGAGUUGUUUGUUUCCUGCCAUCGUACGAUUACGAACAACGUGUGUUUUCCUACUUUAACACCUCUGGGGUAAUAGCUAGACUAUCAACAAGGAAGAAGGUUUUCCGUGAACCCAAGAAAUCAAAUCAACUGGACAGUGUGUUGAGUGAUUAUGCCAAAACUGUGCGAUUAACAGCAUCCAAUACAAGUGGACUUACCGGGUCAUUGCUCCUCAGUGUUGUUGGUGGGAAGAUGAGUGAAGGCAUCAACUUCAGUGAUGGUCUAGGGCGAUGUGUGGUAAUGGUUGGGCUCCCAUACCCCAACACACAGUCUCCUGAACUGAAAGAAAAGAUGCAAUUUCUUAAUAAAAAUGUGUCUCCAGGACCUGAUGGAAAACCUGCUGGUUCUGUCUUCUAUGAGAACCUUUGCUUCAAGGCUGUAAACCAGUCCAUCGGCAGAGCCAUCCGUCAUAGGAAUGACUAUGCCAGCAUCCUCCUGUUAGAUCAUCGGUACAGUCGUCCUUCAUCCAUUCAGGCUCUUCCAGAAUGGAUAUCCAAACAUGUGCAUCAGUGUGUCAAGUUUGGACAAGCAUUUGGUCUUCUGAGGAAGUUUUUUGUGGAGAAGUUACUGAAAAAGGCUUAGAAGAAAUGUUUCCAUUCAUCUCACUUGAUGAGUUUACAAUUCUGUGUAAUAUUAGUUAUAAGCAGUUAAUAUAUUGUUUUUUAAUAAAUAUUUUCUUUAAAAA